UCCACACCCCUGUUACAUACCUGCCAGAAUGGUAAAAAAUUCUGGGGUUUUGAUUUGUAUCUUGAUCAUGAUCAUGGAUGUUGUUGCAGGAAUACUUGGCAUUGAAGCUGAAAUAGCUCAGAACAAGGUGAAACAUUUGAAGAUGUGGAUUCUUGACUGUAGAGAUCCAAGUUACCAAGCUUUUAAGCUAGGGUUAUCUGCAGCUGUAUUGCUGGCCCUUGCCCAUAUUAUUGCUAAUUUACUUGGUGGGUGCACCUGCAUUUUUUCGAAAAAAGAUUACGAUAAGGCUUCCCCUAACAGGCAAUUAGCUGUGGCUUCCCUCUUCUUCUCCUGGAUUAUUUUGGCAAUUGGGUUCUCAAUGCUCAUGAUAGGGACAUUGGCAAACUCCAAAUCAAGAAAAUCUUGCGGGAUAUCCAACCGUAGAAUGCUGUCAAUUGGGGGCAUUCUAUGUUUCAUUCAUGGACUCUUUACUGUUGCAUAUUAUGUGUCUGCCAGAGCUGCGGCUAAAGAACAGAAGUUGAAUCCGCCUGCAGGCCAUGCUUAAGCAUUCUUCAAUUUCUUGUUUAAGUUAGUAUUUCUAUUGUCUAUUGUUCAUUGCAAUGAAUAGCACAUUGAAUCAUUGUCUAAUUAAAUUUGUGAAACAAAUUCUCA